AUGUCGGGAUUAAAAGAUUCUUUGGACUUUUGGUUACUUAAAUGUAAAAACCAUAUCGUCAGUUCUCAGGAAUGGAAAGAAUUUCUAACAGAUUUACAAGAGAAAGUCCAACAACUUCAAUUCAAAAGCCAUGUCUCUUGCUUUGUGGACUUAUCAAGACCAGAAAAAGUCCUUUUGAUUGAGCAGGCAGCCAAAAAUGUUGAUCAGAGAUUUUUUUGUGCCUUACAUCACCAAAUUUCUGCCACCAUAAAACCCAUCCUUAAUGAUUAUGCUACAGUUACAUCAACAAAAGAAAAUUUUGUCAUAUCAGAUAUAAUAAUAGAUUUAAUUUAUGAUUGGGUUUCAUCAAUCCUUAAAAAAUGGCCACAUCUGAAAAACAAACUUGGUAUUUUCUUCAAUCAACCUCUUCAAGAGAAAUUAAGACAACUGACUUGGAGUUGUUUCUUAUGCACCGAUCAAGCUUUCAGCAAUAACCCCAAACCAGAUGAAAAUUUCAAACCAUCCAAACAACUUGAAAAUGAGAUUGCCAGAAAUUGCAAACAAAUCCUGCAUGAAAUUAACAUGAAAUCUUUAAAUAAUUCUACAAGUGCCUUUAAAGCAAUGAGAGCUAUGGUAUUUAGCUAUUGUUCAGCUAGUGGAGAUACAUCUCUUGCUAUUGAAGAUUUCCUACUCACUAUACCUUUUCUAUUGUCUAUGUCUCCAUUUCCUGGGGAACUGUCUAAGAAAACGCUGACAGUUUUAGUUGAAGAAUAUCUUGGUUUCAUGGUAAACAGACCAAGUUUCAUGCUGAAGUCAAAUAAGGACUUUAAAAUGUUUGUAGAAAUGAUUCUUCAAUUGUUGACACAAAAAUAUCCAACCACAGCCCAAACUUUUUCUGAUGUACUUGGCUGUUCAGGCAGUGAGACUGAAAUUACUGAUUCCUUGACUGAAAAGUUUAUGAUUUUGCUGAAGCCUGUAAUUCAAGGAAUGCUUGUUGUUCCUGGUUUGUCUGGUCAUUGGCUUCGAGUUGUGAUUGUUAUUUCCUUGCAUUUCUUAAAGAAUUACGUCCAUAUGGAAACAUCAGACAUCAGUUCAAUGUUUUUGGAGAAAUGGCCACAGAUAAGAAUGUCAGAAAUUCAAUAUGAGGUACAGAAAAGUUUUCAACAAGAUUUCCAAAAUGUUUAUGACGGUCUUCAUCUUCCAACAUGUGAUUCAUCAUCAGAUGUCGGGUGGUUUUCUUAUUCUUUAGUUCCACCCAGUCCACCCAAAUUGAAGAGGGCCAAUGAAGAGAAACAAAAUUUAGAAAAGAAAAGAUAUGUACAAGAACUUUUGCAGAAGAAAGAGGAUGAGACAAAGAAACAAAUCCAAAAUAUCAGAAAAAUCUGA